AUGGUGCUGGUGUGUCUCAUCUUCAGUGUGCUGUCCACCAUAGAGCAGUACGCAGACUUCGCCACAGGAACUCUCUUCUGGAUGGAGAUGGUGUUGGUGGUGUUCUUCGGCUCGGAGUACGUGGUGCGGCUGUGGUCAGCGGGCUGUCGCAGCAAAUACUCAGGCAUCAAAGGACGACUCCGCUUUAUCAGGAAACCCAUCUCCAUCAUAGAUCUGAUCGUGGUCAUAGCAUCAAUAAUCGUUCUCGGAGUAGGAUCCAAUGGCCAGGUCUUUGCCACGUCAGCCAUCAGGGGCAUACGCUUCCUCCAAAUCCUGCGCAUGUUGCACGUGGACCGACAAGGAGGCACCUGGAGGCUUCUGGGAUCUGUAGUCUUUAUCCAUCGACAAGAGUUGAUCACGACCUUGUACAUUGGAUUUCUGGGUCUAAUCUUUUCCUCCUACUUCGUUUACCUGGCGGAGAAAGAUGCUGUGGAUGAGGAAGGGAAAACAGGCUUCUCCAGCUACGCAGACGCCCUGUGGUGGGGAGUGGUGACGGUCACUACGAUCGGUUACGGGGACAAGAUUCCUCAGACCUGGAUUGGAAAAGCAAUCGCGUCUUGCUUCAGUGUGUUUGCCAUCUCCUUCUUCGCCCUUCCUGCUGGGAUCUUGGGCUCGGGUUUUGCCCUCAAAGUUCAGCAGAAGCAGAGACAGAAACACUUCAACCGGCAGAUCCCAGCUGCAGCUUCGCUCAUCCAGACUCUGUGGAGGUGUUAUUCUAUAGAGAAACCUGGUGGAGGGACGUCCACCUGGAAAAUGUACGUCCUGACCCCUCAGGUAGAGACCACCGUGGACUCGGACUCCAGCCCCAACAUCCGGAAACUCUACUUAACGAAAAGAGGCACCAAAAGAAGGUUCAAGCCUCGCGGUAACGGCUCGAUGGGAGCCCAGUCGGACAGAGCGGUCUCCAUCCCUCAGAUCACGUACGACCACAUCGACGACUCCAUGGAGAAGAAAGACGGGUCAUAUUUCCUGGAGGAUAAAGAGCCUCGAGGACCGGUGGAAGGAUUAACCCGAAUAUUCCGACAAACAGGGCCUCCGCUCCACUCUUGGUCGUCUUACACUCUGAGCUGCCCCUCAUCUCCAGUGAAGAAGAACCUGGACAGCAGCAUGUCCAUCGAUAUCUCCCGAGCCAACAGCAUCACGGACGAGCUGGACUGCAUGAGCGAGGACAUGGCGCCCGUCGUCACGGACAACAAGCAGACGUCCCCCACUUCUCGCUCUCUUGGACUCCAGGUUUUCAGACGUGUGCAGGCGGCCCGGUUUAUUCAGGUGACCAGCCCGGCCGCCGCCCUGCCUCUGAUGUCGGGCCCAUCCGCCGCCAGGUGUGGAGCUCCCUGA